GAACGGCCCGGGGAGAUGACUGAUACGGAGAGAUUAGACAUUAUCGACUUCUGCGAUGCAGCCGGCGAAUGGGGCUCUAUUGUCCCUAUCCCAGCACGAGAGGCGGACCGAAUGAUUGCGCUAGCGGACCAGAGGCGGAUUGCUGAACUCGAGGAGAGACUGCCUUUGCGAGAUGCUAGGUCGCCGCUACAAGAUGGAAGACCACUGCGGGCACACGGUAGACAGCUGUCGCGGGACGAUAGGCAAUACUUUGAGGUAGAUUGAAAUGUCUUCUUACUUCUCUUGGCACAUGCUCACAAG